AUGUCGAAACACCAAAAGACCAAUCUGGUAACAUUGAGACGCCGCCUUAUUCUUCUUAUCCCAAAACUCGGCCUGGAAAGCUACGAGGCAAGGGUAAAAGAGAAAAAGGAGGAGCUUCGCAUAGUCAAUCUCAGGAAAAAGAAGAAGCAACUCAUGAUUGGAGGAGCCGUGGAUCUCAUUUUCAUUCUUCUCAUUAUCAUUAUCGUGCUUAUUUCAACGGAUUGUGAUGGGACCCGAGCAAGUGGCAAAAGUGUUGGCAUCGGCGCUGCAUCCCGCAGCAACAUGGAUCGAAACAACUACAAGUCGCACCUUGUGUCUGCCAUGAAGGGAGAGACGAGCAUGUUCGAUAAUCUUGGUCGAGACACAGCACACGUUCGAGCUUUGAAUUGCUUGAAGAAAGACCAUGCUGCACAAGCCUUUGUGAACAGUGAGGAGCUUGAUCUUUUAUUGGAACAGUACGUCUUGACAUUGUUUGUUUUCAUGUCGUCUGCACACGAAUGGUUCGACUUUCUCCUCCCGAAGCAUGAUUCUUAUUGUGGAGAUUUAGGCAUUGAAUGCAACGAGGAUGGGAGAGUGACUGGUCUUAGUAUUGAUUCAUUUGACUAUACGGGAGCAAAAGCAAAGAUUCCAACCGAAAUCGGUUUCUUGACAAAGCUCGAGUAUUUCAAAAGCGUCGAUUUCAAGGGCUUAAUUGGCACCAUUCCUACUGAGGUGGGCCUAUUGUCGGCAUUGACUUUGUUCACUGUAGGCAUGGCAGGUUUCACAGGAACUAUUCCGACAGAAAUUGGGCAACUGAGAGAGAUGUCUACCUUUUUUCUCCAUGAGUUGCCGCAUAUUAGUGGAACCGUUCCUACUGAGUUGGGGCGUCUCGACAAGGCUUGGGCCAUAUCAAUGAGCAACAUGAAUCUAUCAGGUAGCAUCCCCAGCGAAAUCGGGAAAUUGACUUCAGUCAGUUGGUUCCGCUUCGAGAAUAUGGAUUUGUCCGGUAGCAUUCCCACAGAAGUCGGCCGUAUGACUGAAUUGACAAGUUUAAAGCUCUCCGGUUUGGGAUUGUCUGGAACCAUCCCUAGCGAAAUCGAAACUCUAGGCCUUUAUACAUUGAACCUUGACCAAAAUGCCCUUACUGGAUCGGUACCUUCGUUGUUCCAAAGUGAUGAUGGUUGUCGAUUCAAUCCACCUUGGAGCGAUUCCUACGAUUACAGGAGCUGUUAUUGCGAUCUUUCACACAAUUCAUUUUCCAACAAUGCAAAUGGGAUUUCGGUCGGCUGCAAGGUUUGA